AAUAUUGGGGGCUAGGUCAAGGACUUCACGUGCCUUACCCUAGAGCCGCCCUUGCAAUGGAUUCGAAGUUUGCCUCAUCAGCGAAGAAAGAGGUUCUAGUCGAAAUUGUCAAGUUAGCUCAAAAGCGACAGACGAAAGGAAGUAGCGGAGGUUGGAAAGAUUUUUUGAGAUCACACGACAAGAAGUUAGGGGUUAGCUUGAGUGACCCGUCGAAGAGGUCCGUUGAUGAUCUGCUUGCGUUUUUGAAGACGUUUAGCCAAGAGGAUGACAUAAAGCUUUUUAAAAAGGUGUUUCAAUGUUAUUCCAAUCGAGAUGCUGUAGAGAAGCUUCAGAAAAAGUCGCCGGAUAGUGAAUCCGCGGAACAGGGACUGGUUCGUUUAACUUUUGAGCACCCUCAAUACCCGACAGAUUACUCAUUUCCAUCACACGAGGAGGACUGGUUAGUCACGAGAAGGACUAAAAAGUCUAAUUUCGUAAAAUCAAAAAAGGCAAUGAUUGCAAUUGAUUGCGAAAUGGUUCUUUGCCAAGAUGGAACCGAAGCUUUAGUCAGAAUCUGUGCUGUGGAUGAUAAGUUGGAGGUUAAACUCAAUGAAUUUGUGAAUCCAAACAAACCAAUUGCAGAUUACAGAACUGAGAUUACUGGAAUAACCGCUGGAGAUUUAGAUGGAGUUUCUUGUUCAUUGGCUGAUGUACAGAUGUCCAUGAAGAAGCUAUUAUCACAUGGAACCAUAUUGAUUGGCCACAGUUUACACAAUGACCUUCGUGCUUUGAAGAUAGAUCAUGCAAGAGUGAUUGACACAUCUUAUGUCUUCAAAUAUCGGGAUCAGCCUUCUAAUAGAAGACCUUCUUUAAGUAAUUUGUGUAAGUCUGUGUUAGGUUUUGAACUUCGAAAGAAGGACUCUCCACAUAAUUGUCUGGAUGAUGCAUGUACUGCAAUGAAACUUGUUCUUGCCAAGAUUGAACGUGGAGUUGAUUGUAUCAUACCGUUAGUUCGUGAGGAGGUGCAAGAGCCCAAGGUGGCAAAGCUACUUGUCCACAGAAUACCAGUGGCUGUUCAUAGCGAAGAGUUACACAAAGUUAUUCCUGGAGACUUUACCUUAGAAGUUAAGCAGGCUAAUAAAAAAGGGCAAGCAGACAAGUAUUCUGCCUUCGUCAAUUUCAAAAAUCAGCAAGAGGCAAAUGAGGCAUUUGAAAAGCUUGAAGGCAACCAAGAUAAGGAUUCUGUGGGACGGCCACAAAAGCUCGUUUCAUUUCAUCUUGAUUCCGGUAUAUCAGGGGUUUUGUGUGUUUGUAAGAUGGCCACCAAUAACUUAGAUAUAGAGGUUAACCCAAUGAAGAGGUCAUCUGUAGAUGAAGAGACCGUGAGAGAGCCAAAGAAACCGAGAAUAGAAGACCAAUGUACGGAGCUCAAGGAGGCUGGUGCAGGUUGUAGUCAGUGUGAAACUCACGUGACGGAGAUUGAGAGGCUAAAGAAAGAAUUAAACCACAGAGAUGAUGAAAUCUCCAACUUGAACAAACUCAUUGUUAACCUUGUGAGAAAACAAGGAUUGUAAGUCUCCAAUAUACUUAUGGGGACACUACUGAAAACAGAUAAAGAGUAUCAUUUUCGACAUCAGAGGUCUAUCCUUACUUCAUGAAGGUCAGAGCAGCUAUUCUUUAUGCUGCUUUCUUCUGGGCUGCCGGAGAGAAAACGCAAGGAAAAAGAAGAUUCUCCCCUCGUUAUUGGAGGCCAUUUCUGGAGCUCUAGGUAUGAUGUUUAAUAUGAUAAGAGCAAUGCUGCCAAGAGUAGCUUCUAAUGUGAUUGCAGUCCUGCUUGAUUGUCAAGAAGGGGUUAUGUUUGAAGAUUUUUCACUUAUUUGACUUUUUCCUCCUGAAUUUCAGGCAAGAUCAAUUGUAACAGUGCUUUCACCUUGAUUUCUUCCAUUUCUUUAAGCUUAUGAAUUUUUUCCCUCUUUUUAAUCAUCUUUA